AUUUUCAAAUUAAACUGGGUAAAACAGCUAUUGUUAGCUCAGUGCUAUCAUAAAGAGGAUAAUCAAGCACACAUUACAAAGAGAUGACAAUCCUACCAAUGUGAAUACAGCAGGCUGUCUUAAGCCUGCUAUCUAGCUAGCUCUGGCAUUGUUUCUAACUGUAAGGCUUUGUUCCCUUCGUCUCGGCUAGAAUGAUCAGUCUUACCUUGGGUUAGUAACGGCUAUCUCUCAAAUCACUAUCACGGCGACGUUUUCUGAUCAAAUACAGGUAGCUCGAAUUAAAAAAAAAUAUAAACUCGCUAGCGUUACCGCUAGCAUGACCAGCGCCAAUAUUUUUAAAAAGCAGACGUCUUCCUCUGCGGCAGCUGAUUGGAUGAAAGCCGCCCGUCACUGGGCGAGCCGCCGUGACGCGCAGGGUACGCUGCGGAAGGUGGAGUACUACGUGGUGUGCUACGAGUGAUUGGCACUGUGAAGAACACAACUCUUAUUACAGUUGAAAGCUGUAAUAUGAAAAAUAAUCACAUGCAUCUGAAGACAGCAAGACAGUGUUGAGAUCAUUAUAAUGAUCAUGAUUUUUCACACGACCGUUCGCUCUUACUCAAUGAUACAAAAACCACAUCUGGCUGCAUGGAGAGCAUGGAGAAGGUUGAAGCUGAGAUUGCACUCUUCUUUUGUUGGCGCAUCUUCUGGUCCUGGUCCCGUGGACAGAUCCGAAGACCCGUCGGCUGCUUCAGCUGAAAAGUCUCCUCAUACGCCUGUCAUGCUGAAAGAGGUGCUUCAAUACUUAGACAUUCAGCCAGCUCAGGUGGUGCUGGACAUGACAUUUGGAGGUGGUGGUCAUACCAAAGCAAUUUUGAGCACAGUUCCUGAAGUCACGGUCCUGGCCUUAGACCGAGAUCCCACAGCAAUUUCUCUGGCCCAGCAGUUAGCCAAGGAACACAUUGGUCGUGUGAAACCAAUACUUGGCCGGUUCAGUGAGCUUGAGGACCUGCUGUCUAACUUAAACGUUAAGCCAGGCAGCAUCGAUGCUGCCCUCUUGGAUGCUGGCUGUUCUUCCAUGCAGAUGGAUGAGGCGGAAAGAGGCUUCUCCCUCAGCAAAGAUGGACCAUUGGAUAUGAGAAUGGAUGGAGACAGGUACCCUGACAUGCCCUGCGCCGCUGACGUUGUGAAUACCUUAGAUCAACAGGCUCUUGCAUCCAUCCUCACUGCAUAUGGGGAAGAAAGACACGCCAGGAAAAUAGCUUCAGCCAUUGUGGAGACACGCCGCAUCAGCCCCAUCACCCGGACACAGCAGCUGGCCAGCGUGGUUGCAGGAUCGUUUCCUGCUGCUGUCAUCUAUGCACGUAAAGAUCGACUCAACAGACCUGCACACGUGGCCACCAAGACUUUCCAAGCUCUGCGUAUCUUUGUGAAUGAUGAGCUGAAUGAACUUCACGCUGGCCUGCGUGUUGCCCGGACAUUCCUAAAACCUGGAGGACGUCUCUGUGUUAUCACCUUUCAUUCGCUAGAAGACAGACUGGUCAAACGUUUUCUGCGGGGAGAUGACUUGUCUAAUUUGGAUCACUUCAACCCAAGGAAGAAAAGCGCCAGGAAUGAAAAACCAGUGCAUGAAAAAAGAGAUGGAAAUAUGUACUGGCUUCCUCUGCGAAGAAAAGUAAUCACCCCAGAAAAAGACGAUGUUAGGGAAAAUCCUCGAGGACGCUCCUCCAAGCUCAGGGCAGCACUCAGACGUUGACUCUGACAUUAAUUAUGACACAGCAGAAAUUAAAAAAAAAAAAAAAAAAGUUGGAGCUUUUUACAAUGAACAUGAAGCUCACCAUUACAGAGCCUAAUCUCUAAUCUCAUUCGACUCGGUCUUGCUUUUUAACAAAGAACAGUCGGAAGCAUUUGUUGGUGGGAAGCCAGUGAGGGUUUAUGUUCUUGUUUCUGAAUACGCACCUCCAACUGGUUGGUUACAGUGCUGUGCAGUGAUUGCAGACUCAGCAAAGCAAGAAAUGAAUCUCUCACCCACUGUUUUCACUGUGAUGCACUGAACUUCAAAAAAAAUGGGGAUUUAAAAAAAAGUCCACUUGUCAGAGUUUUCAUAUGCAUCACUUGGGCGUGGUUUAGCAAAUUGAGCUGAAUUGAGCUAGGUUAAUAGUCCUGCAUUUGUGUAGCUUUCUGGCUACACAAAGAUAAGUAUCACACAACAGAGAUAAGCCUGUUUGAAGGUCAGGAAACAGGAAAAGGAGCAACAGCAGAGUUGCCACAAACAAAAGUGCAAAAAAUGUCAACGAUCAAAAAACAUCAAAACACAUUUACUAUAACUCUCUUCCCCGAAGAAGGCUAAACUAAAGGCUCAAUAACAGCAUACACACAGAUUACAUGUUAUGCAUAUUUUUGACAUUGCCCCUAAGGGGUAGCAGACAACAACAUGUAAACAUGAGUCAGCAAAGCUUUGCAUCUCACCUAUGUGCAGUCAACACAGCAUCAGGCCAGGACCUGUAGGGGCCAGCACGGUUGUGCAUUAGUCCUAUGCAGAGAACUACAGACAGCUUUGCACACCGUCAUUUACAUGUUGUAGCUGGGUACUGUCAAACUAUGUGAUGUUGGCUACAGUGUGUGCAUCUGUGUGUGUGUGUGUGUGUGUGUGCUGUUGUUGGUCCUUUAGUUUAGUCUCUGCUGCAGAAAAGACAGAACCCAUAACAUGCAAAGCGUUUCUUUGUAGUGAAGUGAAACCAGGUGUUAAAAACAAUGUAAACUGUCCACUGCACUUUUUGUACUUCCUAUUCCUAUUCUCACGCUUGUACCUGUCAUGGCAAACUCCGCAGUUGUUCCCUUUUCCUGUUCACGCCCACUUCUCACCAGUCACCUUUCAACCCAAGCAUAGCGUCAUCCCUGUCGUUGCUUUCUUGAAGGAUUGCACAUAAAAACAUCUAUGUGGGUUGCAUACCCAGAAUCCUUCACUGUGUCCGUUUGUGUAGGUAUUUGGCUUCGCAAACGCGAUAUCCUGAAUUCUGCUUGCCAUCGUGUGUUACUGUAAUCUAAUAAGUGGACUUUAGACAAGAGAAUAUUGUACUGUUUCCUAUUCGCUUGGCAAAAAAUAAAUUAAUUAAUUUAAAAAAUACAGUUUUCUGAAAGAAAGGAAGGAAAGAAAGUCUGUAAAAAUGUCAGUUGACUCGUCUCGUUAGUGUUGGGUUUAAUGCAUUUGCCCUACGUACAAAAUAUCCCCAGUUCAAGUCCAGGAGGUAACACAAAUAUCUUGAAGGGUUGCCUCAAUAAAGGCAUCCAGUGUUUUAAAAAAAAAAGUAGAUCAUAUUACACUUUUAGUUUUUAUUCUUUCAGCUGCAGUCCAGGUGGUUUAAUGGCAAGUAAAUGGUAAAUGGACUA